UUAUAUUGGAUGGCUGAAAUAGGAGAGGAAAUAACAAUAAAAAGGAAAAAACAGUAUGGAUUAUGUUCUAAAUUAUGGUGUCUAAGAUGCAUGAAUUGUUGCAAAGUAUAAAAUUAUUGAAUGAUAUAUUUUUACUAUUUUAGGCUGAUGAUGUUUCAAUUUUGACAUCUAGAAAUAGAAAGGAGUUGUCUGUUAAAUUGAUGGCCAAAUAUUAGAAUGCAAUUUAAUUGGUAUUGAUACUCAAUAAAUAUCCAGAAUCCAGAAGAAAUCCAAGUUUUGGAUGUUCUUAUAUUGUUGUAUACCUUGGAUGAGAAAUCUUGGGCCUAUCAAUAUUUAUACCAAUGUAAGUUGAUUUCGAAUGAUGAGAGUCCGAGAAACGACUUAGAAUUUUAUAUCCCCUAAUUGAUGAAUUACUUAGUGUUUCAUGAAGAAAUGUUAAACGUAAAAUAUUUACUAAAUUUAGGAAAACAUCAGUUAAUUUAUACUUACAUCAUGCAUUCAUAAUUUCUACUUUGCAUAGUUGGUAUAUUGGACACUCCAUUCAAUAAGUGCCAUAGUAUUCAACAACUAAGUGACCGAAUUUUAAAAGUAACUACCUUGAAAUAAAAUAGAGUAAAAUUGUACUUGCAAAAUCUAGUGAAACGGAUGGUUUUGAAUCAUGAGACAAAUUAUGAAAUAAAGGAAUAAGAUGAAAAAGUAAAAGAGUUGAUUUCUUUGUAUGGCACACCUUAAUUUGAAUAACAAUAAUUGAAAUGCUUAAUAUUACCUGAGCAUAUCUAAUUAUCCAAAUACAUCCCUCUAGAUUAAGAGGAAGGGUAUGAUUUUAUGUCCUGCAUCAAUUUUUGGAAUGAUAUCAUCUCAAUUUCAGACAAAUUAAAAUUUGCUGAUCCAAAGAUAAUUUCUUUAAGAGCAGAUUUAUCAUUAAUAAACACCAGAUUACCUGCUAAUGUAUACAUCCCAUUUGUGAAAGGUAAAAUUAAUAUAGAUAUUCAAGAUCAAUUGAGACAUUACACAAUCUUAAAUAUUGUUGUUCAAGAAACCAAAAUAUUCUCUACUAAAGAAAGAGCCCCCUUUUAUAUUUGUGUAGAAGUCUAUAAUGUAGAAAAGGAAGAGAACAAAUUUGAGGAUAAAAGAGAAAGAAAGAAUUCGGAAUUCAAUGUUGAACUCUCUAUGUUUAGUGAUUUUAGGAGUCAAUCUAAUUUAGCAAUGUCUUAGGUCUCAAAUCAAAGUUUAGGCGUUUGUAAAAUUGAUACAUAUUUAAAUAGCUGAAUGUUAUGAAAUAGAAUUAAGUAGAGAGUAGAAGAGGGCAAAUAAUGUGGUUUUAGAUUUCGAGAAGAUUGGAUAGGAGAUUUUUGGUGAGGAUUCAAAUUAAAUAAGUGAAAGGAUAAGGUCAUAGUCUCCAUAUAGUCAUUUCCGAUCUUGGAGAUUAGUUCAUUUAAUUGUUAAAACUGGUGAUAAUUUGAAAUAAGAACAAUUUGCACUCCAAUUGAUCAAUUAAUUCUAAAUGAUAUUCUAAAAUGAAAGGCUUCCUUUAAAAUUAACAACAUAUGAUAUUCAAUCCUUAGGACCUAGCUCAGGUAUAAUGGAGAUGGUUAAAGAUGCGGCAACUAUUGAUUCACUUAAAAAGAAAUUAAAUUCCAUCGAUAAGGAUAUUACUCUAAGUCUUUUUUUCAAAAAGUAUUAUGGGGCUAAUUUACACAAGGCUUAGAGAAAUUUUUGUUGCAGUUUGGCUGCAUAUAGUUUAAUUUGUUAUUUCUUGUAAAUAAAAGACAGACACAAUGGGAAUAUCUUGUUGCAUAAGUCUGGUAAGAUCUUGCAUAUUGAUUUUGGUUUCUUCAUUAGCAUAUCGCCUGGAAAAGGAUUGGAAUUUGAGAAGAAUGUUCCAUUUAAACUCCUUUCUGAAUAUAUUGACGUUUUGGGAGGAACCAAAUCAGAGUUGUUUACUCUAUUUAGAAAAUUAUUUUUCAAGGGAUUUGUUGCUUGUCAGAAGCACUAAGAUUAAAUACUGUUACUUGUUAAGAUGAUGUAUAGUGGACAUGGAUACACUUUGCCAUGUUUUAGCAAGGGGGAGAUUGCUAUCCAUGAACUUGAGUCUAGAUUUAAUCCACCUUGUUCAAAUGAUGGAGAAAUAUCAGUGUUUACAUAAAAGUAAAAAUAUUUAAUAAUUAUUAGUCUAAUCAAUCAAUCUCUGGAUAAUUGGAGAGCGAAGUGGUAUGAUAAAUUUUAAUAUUACUUUUAAGGAAUAUUCUAUUGA